CAUAUAAGUCAAAGUGUAACAUAUAACUUUCAUCAAAGAGAAAAUAAUCAUUUUGCAUUGAACAGGCAAUAUAAAUAUGUAAAAGGUCUGACAUGAAUAAUUUGUAAUCAGACCUCUGUGAUUAAUAGUAGGCAUUAUACAUGGAAUAGAAAUUAAUGCAUUUUUUCAGUUAUAAUUACUUAAUGCAUUCUAAUUUCAAAUUAGUUAGGCAAUAGAAAUUUUUUCUUUUGUUUAAUGAUCCUAGACAGACUGUUGUCUGCAACAGUGGUCUACAUCUAGUAUGUUGGUGCCUUUUCUUUUGUGAGAGAUAGUUAUUUCUUUAGUACCAGGGUGUCAACCCCUUGUUGCCUUGUUUCUUCUGGCCCAUAAGGAGCAUCAUAAGAUUUAAACCCUCAUCCUCUUGCCUAAGAGGAAGGGACACAACUUUUAUUUUUUUGAAAUUAAAAAAAAAAAAAAAGAGGAGGGGACACAACUAACUCAAGCGGUGAGAGUUGGUUUGCUUUGGUGCCUUGUCAAUAUACUUCCUUUCUCUCCAAAAAAAGAAAUUGCUAGUGUCUAUUUUUUUAAUUUUAAAAAAAUAAGUAAGUGCAUUCAUCAAAUAAACAAAAGUUCUCCUUAAUAGCAAGCUUUUGUUUCCUUUGAGGGGUUUAAGAAGUGGACAUGAUUAGCAUAGAUGUGCUUGUGUUUUCUUUAAAUUCAUAAUAUGACUUUUGUUCUUAUAAUAGAUUCUUUUCGUAUCUUUAGGAAACAUGCAGCUCUUGUUGCACCAUUUGCAUGUUUAUCAAUUAUUUUCUAUUUUGAAAAUCAAUUGUGCAACGGAUGCAUGCGGGACUUAAGGAGCUAGAUACCAUCAUCAUUGAUUUUUCUUUAGUUAUUAUUAGCAUUGCUAUCUGCAAGAAAUAUUAUAUGUUCUAAUUUAUACAACGUCAGGAUGCAACGUAAUAAGGGUCAAUUUACUUCUUCCAAGAAGUCUGAAGGCGGUUAUAAUUGGGGUGCUGUCCAGGAAUCUGGACAAGAUGAUAGCCAGUUGGAGACAUCAUGUACACAUUGUGGCAUCAGUUCAAAGUCCACUCCGAUGAUGAGGCGUGGUCCAUCAGGUCCAAGAUCACUUUGCAAUGCAUGUGGGCUUUUUUGGGCAAACAGGGGUACAUUGCGGGAUCUUUCCAAGAAAACUCAGGAUCAGACUUUGACUCCUAUUGAGCAGGGGGACGGUGGUGGGAAUGAGGCGGGGCCUGGUACUGCUAUCCAUGCACAAAACAGUCUAGUUCCUUUCUCUAAUGGUGAUAACUCGACUUUAAUAGCUGAGCAUUAAGUUAUCGUACGAGAAAAGCCACAGGAGCUUGGCAUGUUUCUAGGAGUUGCUCUAGAACUUUGUUUAGCUUGUCCCAUAUGUACAGUUACAAUAGUGCCUUUGAGUAUGUGAGGUUACUCGUUUUGCUUUCACGAGUUACUUCGCAUGAGAUUACUGCAGGAGAAACUUUGGAUGUAUCACAAAAUUAGCUUCCGUCCAUCUUGCUUAAGUGACUGUCCAUAUGCUUUAAUGACGUUAUCACAGAAAAAUCAUAUAGUUUGUUCCUGGGAGAAAUUACAAUAUCCUUAUAGGACUCGGAUCAAGUUACACCAGCUUUUUUUCCUUACAAUGUUAUAGCUUUUUUUGGGGGGGAAUUAACCCUGGUUCAUGCUGUUGAAUCCUUGACUGUGUUUAAAUUUUCCUAUAAAUGAUCGCUCUUAGAAGUGUUAAAAUAGAAAACAUUCCUGAUAAAA